UCUGCGACAUUGAGAGCUGUUGCGAAGUCGCAGAAUGUGCAGCGAUUGAACUCCGCAGAAGAAGGUGGUGUCUCUAACAGCGUCAGCUCCAGAGUGAUCUUUAACUCCAAACGGCCAGCGCGCGACUGUUCUCGCAAUGGACGUCCAUCGGUGCCGAUUCGUCCCAUAUCCGCCGUCGGCGGUUAAUGCCCUCGCCUUUUCGCACGCCAGUUCGACGAAGUCAUCGGGAAAAGGGCCGUCAACGCUCAGGCUUGCAUUAGGAAGAGCCAAUGGAGACAUUGAGAUCUGGAACCCGCUGAAAGGUGCGUGGUUUCAUGAAACCACCUUGCGCGGCGGGAAGGACAGGAGUGUUGAAGGCUUGGUUUGGACCCAAGAUCCUGACGAACACGAAAAUGGCUAUGCCAAACCCGGAAAGUUGAGACUAUUCAGCAUUGGAUACUCUACAGCCGUUACAGAAUGGGACUUGGAACGAGGUAUUCCAGCACACCAUUCGAGCGGAAACUAUGGAGAAGUUUGGUGCCUAGCUGCUCAACCGCGAUCACAAUCCCUGGGCAAGAAGCCUGUUGAAGUCAACGACGCCUCUGACUACCAAAAGCUGGCGGCUGGCUGCGCUGAUGGUACAGUGGUGCUUCUUUCAACCGCCGACGGAGACCUCACUUUCCUUCGCACUCUUUCCAGACCUUCGUCGAAAAAAGCCCGUGUCCUUAGCAUUACUUUCCAAAAUCGAGAUACGGUUAUUGCGGGUUCUUCUGACAGCACAAUCCGUGUUUUUGAUGUCCGAAAUGGCUCGUUGCUGCGUAACAUCUCCUUUGGAGGUGGUCCAAGCGGUGGACCCCGCGAGAUCCUGGUGUGGUCUGUGAAAUGCCUCCCGAAUGGAGAUAUUGUUUCUGGGGAUUCCACGGGCGAGGUUCGCUUCUGGGACGGGAAGAAUUACACGCUUGUGCAACGAAUUAAAAGCCAUCGGGCCGACGUAAUUGAUGUGGAGACAAGCAUAGACGGAGAGACGGUAAUUAGCGGUGGCAUGGAUAGACGCACUAUCGUCUAUCAACGAACUGGUGGUAUUAGAGCAAUGGACAGAAGGAGAUGGGCAGAGGUGGCGCACCAGAGAUUUCACUCUCACGACGUGAAAACAAUGGCCUCGUUUGAGACGAAGCAUCUAAGCAUUGUAGUUUCUGGAGGACUUGAUACAAUGCCGGUUAUAUUGCCUCUAAGAGAGUUUGGAAAAGAACACCAUCGAGCGCUCUCCAGUCUCCCGCAAGACCCGCCAAUUGAGAGUGCGCCUUCGUGCAGGCUGGUCAUGAGUUGGUGGGAGAGGGAAAUCAGCAUCUGGAAGAUGAAUCAAUCCCCUUCGAAGCGUCUACAAUUAUAUGGUGGCCUUUCAGAUGGGCUUGAUGAACCCUCUCGCAAACUUGUGGCGAAGAUGUUGAUCAAAGGCGAUGAGAAUAUUACAUCAGCGUCAAUCAGCCCCAACGGGGAAAUGCUUGCUGUAUCGACCAUCGCUGGCCUUAAGCUUUUCACUUUGAAAUCCAAAUCACCGGCUGAGGGGGAAGGCCUCCGCAUCAACAAGGUCGAUGUUCCGCAACACAUUUCUAGCUUAGGCGCCAGGAGGAUACAAUUUUCUCCCGACGCACGAUGGCUGUGUAUCAUUACUCUGCAGAAUAAGGUCCGCCUUCUUAGGAUCCUUAGUGACAGCUCGUCCAAAGGAGUCUCGGUCCUGACGAGGCUUGUACAAUUGAAACGCCUGUGGCGCGAUCCAACUCGAGGAGCCAAAGCGGGUCUCAUUGGAAGCCUUGGUCAAUAUGAGAGGACCAUUUCUCGAAUUGCAUUCUCGAGCGAUAGUAGGGUUCUCGUUGUGGGCGAUCUGUCAGGAUACCUUGACUCAUGGAUUUUGGAGGGCCUUGAAGACGAAACUCAAGAUAUCAAUCUUUCUGAGGUGGACGAGGAUGAUGCCGCCGAGUCAUCAUCUGACGAAGAUUCUGCUGAUAAUAAGCAAAAUAAUUCCCCGACCAUCUUAGGACAACACUGGAUCGAGAAUCCUUCAUCCUCUCUCCUUCCCCGUCUGCCCUCAGCGCCAUUAAUUCUCUCAUUCCGGCCAUUGGUUCAGAAGGAACGAUCCAAUGGGCUCGGAAACACAGCUCUCCAUGCUACUCGAAACAACCCAAAUCCGCACUCUCACGAACUCCCAUCGCAAGAGCACCUCCUCUUUGCUCUCACAAGCGAUCAUCAUAUUCACGAACUUGAAGUUCUCAAAGGCAAACUUUCGCCUUGGUCGAAGAGGAACCCGACUUCAAGCCUGCCUGACAGCUUCCGAGGGGUACGUGAUAGGGCAAUGGGGUGCCUUUGGGACAUUUCUGAAGAUAGGCAGCGUAUUUGGAUUUACGGAAGUAGCUGGCUCUGGAUGUUUGAUCUCUCCCAGGACCUUUCAUCUGCUGAACACAACCUGGAGAGAAACGCAAGCACCGAGGAUGACAGCAGCAAAAAGCGAAAACGGAAGCGUGACCCUGAAGACGACGCUGUUGACGCCAGCAGAGACACCACUGGUGCUGGCAGUAGAGUUGCCUCGAAGGAACUACGUGGACUGGGCACAAAGAUGCGAAAGAUCAACAGCUUGGAUGCGGAACAGGAAUGGAUCUCUUUGGAUACGCCGAAAGCUCCCGACAGUGAUGACGAAGAACUCGUCACUGAGGCAUCGUCCCUCGGCCGUCUUCGACCCAUUGGAUCGAUUCAGACCAACGGAAACCUUGAUGAUGCUACUGAAGCUGAUGGCGAAGGCGCACAGGAGGGUAGCGUCAUGGUUUCCAGGACUACAGGCGGCACAUCGCCAGCUUGGUGGUAUACGUACAAAUAUCGACCUAUUAUGGGAAUCGUUCCGUUGGGAUCAACCCCCCAUGAAGGUGAUGACUCAAAUACGAACGACGGCGUGGAGGUGGUGUUGGUCGAACGUCCCAUGUGGGAUGUCGACCUUCCACCAAGAUACUACGGUGACCAGGAAUGGGUCAAAUAAUCUGCUCGAUUGUUUUAUCACUAUCUUUUUUAUUUGGCCAAAAAGCAUUCAUGGAGUAUUUAGCAUGGGUAAGGGCGUGUUACAAUAAAAUGCGAGACAUUUUCUGGGCUUAUUUCUCUGCAAAGUUUUGUCCGUUUUCAUGAAAGAAUGAGAGACUCUUGUCUGGGUGAAGCUGCACGGCGGGCGUAACUCUUUGCGCGUCGCACUUGGGUUGAUAGCGGUGAGUUCUCCACUCUUUUGGUGUUUUGAACGAUAGAAUAUCAACCUCCAUGCGCAAUAUAAUGUCGCCGCGUAAGCUGCAAAUCAUGCUGCCCGAUAACGAGAUAAUGGUAUGCG